AUGACAAAGUACACCAUCUCCGGCGAGGCAACUCGUAUCCUAAACGACGUCUUACUCAACGACCCUGGACUCAACCUCCCACCUUCUUUCAAAGACGCGGCCAAGAAAGUCGAGUUCGUCGCAGACGACGACAAGCCGUUCGUGCUCACCCCGUUGAAGAUUACAGAGUCAUGCGCCUCCCUCACAGCCCUCCUCGCCACCGCGGCCAACGUCGCCGCUGCAGAGCGGUAUGGCAUUGAGCUCCAGGAUGUCCAGGUGAACACCGACGUCGCGACCCUGUUCUUGGCAUCCGUCUUGCUCCCCACCAUCGGCGGCAAGUCGUUCGUGCAGCACCCCAAGAUGGCGGAGGAGCUUUCCAAGAUGGAUCUUCAUCGGAUGUCCGAUCCCAUCAGACGGUUCGCCACCAACGUGUACAAGACAAAAGACGGCCGCUGGUAUCAACUGCACGGAUCCAUGAACGCCGAGCCCACGAUGAGGAUGAUGGGUGUCAGCGAUGUCGACGUGAGCCCCGAAGAGGCCAUCAAAAUCUACGCCGACAAGGUCGCUCAGUGGGAUUCCGAGGAAAUCGAACGGACCGCCAACGAGCAGCACAAGCAAGCCGGUGUGAUCUGCUACACGCCAGACGAGUUCUUCAGCAGCGAGCAUGGCAACAUCAUGUCAAAGGAGCCUUUGUGGAGUGCGACCAGAGUCCCGGCACCGCGAAAAGAGUGGCCACGGACAAAGGACAAUGCUGACUUCAAGCCUCUCGCCGGCAUCAAAAUCAUCGACUUCUCUCGCGUUAUCGCGGCUCCGGCGGUCUCCAAGCUCCUAAGCCUCCUCGGGGCUGAUGUCCUUCGGGUUUCCUGCGACAAGCUGCCCGAGUACGCCCCAACAAUGGUGGACCUCCAGACCGGAAAGAGGGACACCAACCUUGACCUGAAAACCGACGAGGGAAUAAGCGCGUUUGCAGAGCUGGUGAAGGGCGCCGACAUUCUUGUAGACGGGUACCGCCCUAGUGUCUUGGAGAGACUCGGAUUCGACAGUGCCACGCUGCGCAAGCUCAGCCCCAGUCUCAUCUACAUACGGGAGAACUGCUACGGCUUCAAGGGCCCGCUCGCCCAUCGAUCUGGGUGGCAACAGAUCAGCGAUUGCUUGGUAGGCUUGUCCUACCUGCAGGGCAAGUUCCUCGGGCUCGACGAGGCUGUAGUGCCACUGCUUCCCAACUCGGACUACCAAACUGGACUAGUGGGCGCUACGGCUGCCGUCCAAGCCUUGCUGGCGCGCACGAAGGAGGAUGUCACUUUUGAUAUCGACAUCAGCCUGACUCAGUACAACAUCUGGUAUUAUCAGCUCGGACUAUAUUCCGAAGACCAACAGCGGGAGCUACGAGCGAGGGACCCUCAGUUCCUCCCGCGUCAUUGCGAUGACAUGAACGUUCUUGUUGGGAAAACGCACGCGUCUUGGCAAAAGGUUCGUCCGGAUCUCUUCACCCAUCCGGAGUACUUCUGGGACAUGUCCGGGAAAGAGUACGGGCUUGAACACAACAUCAAAGUUCUGGCACCUGCAUUCAAAUUCUCAUCAACCACCCUCGCAUGGGAGGUGCCGACUGGAAGGAGAGGACGAUCAAAGCCUGAAUGGGUGUCUUAGU